GAGACCAAGAGACCUCUUUACUCAUGGCUGAAGGGAAGGCAGGAGUUCUCUGGGGCUUCUCUGGGCCACUUUAAAGUCUGUCACCAAGAAAGGACAAGGUCUUCGAGCUCCUGCAGAAGUCUUGUUCGCUGCUCUCAGUCUUGUGGCUGCUUCUUCAUUUCUGCAUCAUUUGUGGGAAUUUGCUGAUUCCCGCACCCAGAACAGAGACACAGAACCACACAGAAGGAGCGCAUGAAUGAGGAAAUUGUGACUGAGUGUCCUGAGAAGCAUGGGAGGAAGGAAGAUGGCAAGAGACGAGGAAAGCACCUAUGGCUUGGAGAUGGAUUCACAGAUCCCAAGGGGGCCCCCACUGAGGCUCAUCCUGGUAGGUAGGACCGGGACCGGCAAGAGUGCCACUGGUAACACCAUCCUGGGCCGGACCUGCUUCGUAUCCAAGCUAGGGGCUGUGCCUGUUACCAGAUCCUGCUCCUGGGCCAACAGAAAAUGGGCCGGCUGGUAUGUAGAGGUGGUGGACACCCCGGAUGUCUUCAGCUCUGAGGUCAAAGAGACCGACCCUGCGUGCUCGGAAACAGCCCACUGCUUUCUACUGACGUCGCCCGGGCCGCACGCGCUGCUGCUGGUCACCCAGCUCGGUCGCUUCACCACUCAGGACAGCCAGGUGCUGGCCGGGGUGAAGCGGGUGUUCGGAGAGAAGGUGAUGGCGCGGACUGUUGUGGUGUUCACUCGCAAGGAGGACCUGGCAGGAGAGUCUCUGCAGGAUUACGUGCGAUGCACAGACAAUCGCGCCCUGCGGGAGCUGGUGGCUGAGUGUGGGGGCCGCGUGUGCGCCCUAAACAACCGAACUACUGCCCGCGAGCGUGAGGCACAAGCUGAGGAGCUGCUGGGCCUGGUCGCUGGCCUAGUGAGGGAGCACGGGGGCGCGUACUACUCCAAUGAAGUGUAUGAUCUGGUGAGGACCCUGUGGAGAUCUAACCCCAAGGACCAAGUCAGCAAGGUGGCAGAGAUGGUGGCAAGACGCAUGCAGAGGCCCCUGCGCACCAGGCUGCUAACUGGGCUGUGGGACUGGCAGAAAUCUUACAGGAAGAGCUGGAGACGGGGCGUGGCUAUUUUCCUGGGUGUGGCCUUCCUGAUCUACCUGCUGGUCUACAGAAAGGCGCCUCAGACCACUGGGGACCAGAAUAGAAGCGGCCAUUUACCACGGCAGCUCUGCUGUGUUCUGGCGGAUUUCAGGUCAGCGUUCAAGGCCUUUCCCCCCACUUUAGGGGACAGCCUGCGGGGCAGUGGUGUGUGCUGCGUCACCGUGUUUUUUUCUUCUUUUCCUAACUCUGGAAGUGGACUUUCUGUGAGAGCAUCAUCCAGCAGGCACAGGUCCUCUGCCUGCCGGCAAGUGACUCACGCUGGUGACUGGAGGCAAAGCCCUGCUGGCCCGGAAGAAAUGGAAGGCCUCUGGAAGAGCACAUAUGGAACCAUAGUUGAAGGGAACGGGGAAGCCUACUGUGGAGCAGAAUCGGGCUGCCUAAGGAUUCUCCUGGUGGGUAAAUCUGGCUGCGGGAAAAGCGCCACAGGGAACAGCAUCCUCGGCCGAAAAGCAUUUGAAUCUAGGCUUGGAGCCCAGUCAGUGACCAGGACCAGCCAGGCAGAGACGGGCACAUGGAAGGGAAAGAGACUGUUAGUGGUAGACACACCCCCCAUCUUUGGGUCAAAGGCCCAGAAUCAAGACAUGGACAAGGACAUUGGAGAUUGUUACCUGCUGUGUGCCCCAGGACCCCACGUGCUGCUGCUGGUGGCCCAGCUGGGACGCUUCACAGCUCAGGACACCCUAGCCGUGAGGAGGGUGAAGGAGAUCUUUGGGGCAGGAGUCAUGAGGCACAUGAUCGUCCUCUUCACCCACAAAGAAGACCUGGCAAAUGAGACUUUGGAUGAGUUUGUGACCCACACUGACAACCACAGCCUGCGCAGCCUGGUCCACGAGUGUGGGAGGAGGUACUGUGCCUUUAAUAACAGGGCUUCAGGAGAAGAGCAGCAGGGACAGCUGGCAGAGCUCAUGGCCCUGGUGAGGGGGCUGGAGCAGGAGUGUGAGGGCUCUUUCCAUAGCAACGACCUCUUCCUUCAUGCCCUUGUGCUCCUUAGCGAUGGCUGCCGUGAGUACCAGGAAGCCUACAGGUGGUACCUGGCCAAGGUGAGGCAGGAGGUGGGGAGGCAGAAGCGGGAGCUGGAGGAGCAGGAGGGCAGCUGGGUGGCUAAGAUGUUUUGCAGAGUCAGGACAUGCUCGUGCUCCCAAAUCGCAGCAGCCGCCCUUCUUAUUGGGUGUGGUUUGAUUUUUAUUGGCAUUUUAAUUACCUUGUAUGUUAACUGGUGGAACUGAGCGUUUUCGGGUGAUUUCUGCCAUCAGCGCCCUCUCCCGGGGUUCGCAUUUCUGUCUGCACCGGGGC